ACCUCUCUCUCCACAUCUCUUUAUACUGUGUUUUCUGGACGAAAAGAGGAACAAGACGACAUGAAACGCGUGAGAAGCGUUUCGUGUGCGUCAUGAGUCACCUCCCCGCUCCAAAACUCUCCCUUUCUCCUUCCCUCCCUCAUAUCAACUAUCCUAGUUGCAUUGGCCAUCCGUCUCAUUCCAUCUCCCCAAGAAAGAGCUCGUUCACAUAUGUUAUGAUGGAUAGACUCAUUUAAUGAUUUUAACUUCUUUUCUUUGCCUCACAAUAGAAAUGGUCCAGUACACCAAGGAAGUUUCCAAGAUGGGUGUUGAACUGACCGUUGAAGAGCGUAACCUUCUCUCCGUUGCCUACAAAAACGUCAUUGGUGCCCGCCGCGCUUCGUGGCGAAUCGUGUCCUCCAUCGAGCAAAAGGAGGAAGGCAAGGGCAACGCUGCCCAGGUCGAGAAGAUCAAGGCUUACCGCCAAAAGAUCGAGGCCGAACUCCAGGACGUCUGCUCUGAUAUUCUGAACGUUUUGAAGGACAACCUGAUCCCCAACGCUCAGGGCGGUGAAUCCAAGGUCUUCUACUACAAGAUGAUGGGUGACUACCACCGUUACCUCGCCGAGUUCCUUACUGGUGAGUCCCGCAAGGAAUCUGCUACCCAGGCUCAUGAGGCUUACAAGACCGCCACCGACGUUGCCCAGACCGAGUUGGCACCCACUCAUCCCAUCCGCUUGGGUCUUGCUUUGAACUUCUCCGUGUUCUACUACGAAAUCCUCAACUCUCCCGACCGUGCUUGUCACUUGGCCAAGCAGGCCUUUGAUGAUGCUAUUGCAGAACUCGAUACCCUCUCGGAAGAAUCUUACAAGGACUCUACUCUCAUCAUGCAGUUGCUGAGAGACAAUUUGACCUUGUGGACCUCUGACUUGCAGGAGGGUGAAGCCGAUAAGAAUGAGGACGCCAAGGGUGAAGAGGCUGAAGAAUCCAAGUAGAUAAGAGAUUAGGCGUUAAUUUUUUCUUUCUUUCAUCUCUAUAUUAUAUAUACUGUGUUUUUCUCUCUCUUUUCACUGUUUCCCCCUCUUUUCUACGGAUGACGAUGAUGACAACUACGAUGAUGAUGAUGAUGAUAACGCAUGUUUGA